AACACAACCGUCUUCUCAAUCGAACGUUUCUUCCUCUCCACUCCAGAAACUCCGUUAGAUCUCUCAGACAAUGGCCGCGGCGAUGGUUCUCGACCCCAAACCAUCUCCGUCCCUAAUGGAUCUCUCCACGCCGGACGAGGAAGAUCCCUACUCCCGUCUCAAAUCCCUCGAACGCCAGCUCGAAUUCACCGACAUCCAAGAGGAAUACGUCAAAGACGAGCAGAAGAAUCUCAAACGCGAGCUCCUACGCGCCCAAGAAGAGGUCAAGCGAAUCCAAUCCGUGCCCCUCGUGAUCGGCCAGUUCAUGGAGAUGGUCGAUCAGAACAACGGCAUCGUCGGGUCCACCACCGGGUCCAAUUACUACGUCAGGAUUCUCAGCACCAUCAACAGAGAAGACCUGAAGCCUUCUGCCUCCGUGGCGCUUCACCGCCACUCGAACGCACUCGUUGAUGUGUUGCCGCCUGAGGCUGAUUCGAGUAUCUCGCUUCUUAGCCAAUCUGAGAAGCCUGACGUGUCCUAUAAUGAUAUUGGAGGAUGUGAUAUUCAGAAGCAGGAGAUUCGUGAGGCUGUUGAGUUGCCGUUGACGCAUCACGAGCUUUAUAAGCAGAUUGGUAUUGACCCUCCACGUGGUGUGUUGCUCUAUGGACCUCCUGGUACUGGGAAGACUAUGUUGGCUAAGGCUGUUGCCAACCACACAACCGCUGCUUUCAUUAGGGUUGUUGGGUCCGAGUUUGUGCAGAAGUACCUCGGUGAGGGACCUCGUAUGGUUCGUGAUGUCUUCCGUCUUGCUAAAGAAAAUGCUCCAGCUAUUAUCUUUAUUGAUGAGGUUGAUGCAAUUGCUACUGCUAGGUUCGAUGCUCAAACUGGAGCUGAUAGGGAAGUCCAGCGUAUUCUCAUGGAACUACUUAAUCAGAUGGAUGGGUUUGACCAGACUGUGAAUGUCAAGGUCAUAAUGGCAACCAACAGGGCAGACACUCUUGAUCCUGCUCUGUUGCGUCCUGGGAGACUUGAUCGUAAGAUUGAGUUCCCCCUUCCUGAUAGGCGUCAGAAGAGGCUUGUUUUCCAGGUAUGCACCGCCAAAAUGAACCUCAGCGAUGAGGUUGACUUGGAAGACUAUGUUUCACGGCCUGAUAAAAUUAGCGCUGCUGAGAUAGCAGCAAUCUGCCAGGAAGCUGGAAUGCAUGCAGUGCGUAAGAACAGAUACGUGAUAUUGCCUAAGGAUUUCGAGAAGGGUUACCGCUCAAACGUGAAGAAGCCAGACACGGACUUUGAGUUCUACAAGUGAGGGAGAAAGCUGAGGAUGGGAAUCAGAGUAUGCGUGUUGUUAAAAUUCCUUUGUUUAUUUAAUAGACAUGGAUACGCAGUUUAAUGUAUGAACUUCGUUGGAUCUCUAGUGUACUUUGUGUUUAGCCUCUCAGCUUUUACAGUUCAAUUUAUAAGAAAACAGUGGCAGUUUAAUAUAUGAACUAAGUUGCGUCUCUAA